CAACGAAGAAGAGAAACACGGAAGUGGGCUGUGUUUUGGUUUCUAUCGCGGCGGGAAACCUCACGGUGACACAUGACCAUGCCGUCCAAGCAGCAGGAUGUGGCCAAAUCGAAUAUGUCCCCCGGACUCUUCUUGACCACAGACAGUGAACCCAUGUCUUUCUUCCUACGACCGGGUCCCGUCAAACGCAGGCUGCAGCCGCUCAUCACAUCCGGAGGAGGGAUGAUGUGCAGUGUCCAGCAGCCAGGAGCCAUCCUGCUGAUUGACAAAGACGAUCGAGGCGCCAUUCCUGAAACUGCUGCUCACUGGUAUGUGUCCAUCGAUUACAUUUACGACUGUAUCAAGAAGGGUAAACAUCUAAACGUUGAGGACUACAGGUUAAAUCCUGAAGACAUCCCGCGACAUUCUCCUAGACAUGUAAAGAAAGAGGGUUCUUCUGUACUCGCAGUAGGCAGGGCUCCCUAUUCCCCUGAAGAAGAUGCAGCCAUUUUGAGUUAUGUCAGCAAACACAGGAGCGAGACGGGGGGAAACCGGCUCUGGCAGAAGAUGCAGAAGCAGAGGGUGACCAGUCACAGCUGGCAGUCGAUGAAGUAUCGCUUUAGGGUCCGACUGGCUCACACGCUGUCUGACGCUGAGGAGGUGAGAACAACAGAGGAGGAGACCAAGAUGGAUGAUCAGUCUGUACCAGCUGCAAGCUCAGAACCUGAAAAUGUCGAAGCUGAAACAUCGAGCGUCUCUCAGCCCGAGGAGCCUUGUAUGGAUCCACAGGAAGAUGCCCCUAUUCCAGCUGAUGGCACAGAACCAGAUGUAGCAAAGACACAAGAAACCAACUCUCCACAGAAAGAAAAUGUGCCAGAGGACUCCCCAUUCAGCUCUCUUACCCCCAAGAAGCAGAAAGAGAAGCUGGGGGCUUCCCCCAAGCAGGAACAAAGACCACAGCAUCGAUCAACGCGCAGGCAGCCUGAGGCGUCAUCAUCGCAUGAACCUUACGGCAAAAAACUCAGAUUACCAUAUUCUGCUGAGAAAGUGUCCUCUCCCCAGUCUGCGAAGAAAACCUCAACAGACUCGCCGCCUUCAAAGAGAGCCAGAAGACUGAGUGCGGCAGCAGAAGCAGAGAGUGAAGAAUUGGAGAGCGCAGAAACUGUCGUCUCUGAAACGCCACAACCAGAGGAAGAGUCAAACUCGUUGGAGAAAGCAGAGAAGGGAAAAGGGAAGAGAAAGUUAGGGAUUCUGGAGUUGGCUACAAAGGAGUUUGAAGAUGAAAGUGAGUCUUCUGAGGAUGAAGCUGCAGAUCUCCAGAACCCACCUGUAAAAGCAGCGAUACCGACCACAUCAGCAGAACCAGCCCUUCAGUCCUCAGACACGACUGCAGACCUUGUCUCCGCACAGUCCCGACCUACUGCAGCCCUCCAGGAGGAGGCUCAACAGACCCAGGCUGUCAACAGUGACAGUGCAACCGAUAAGGGACACCCUGAACUUGGUCCUACAGCUACUGGUCCUUCAGCUUUAGGUCCUGUAGCUUCUGAUCCUGCAGCUUCUGAUCCUGAAGCUUCUGAUCCUGAAGCUUCUGAUCCUGAAGCUUCCGGUCCUGCAGCUUCCGAUCCUGAAGCUUCCGGUCCUGCAGCUUCCGAUCCUGAAGCUUCCGGUCCUGCAGUUUCUAGUCCUUCAGCUUCUUGCCCGGCAGCUUCUGAUCCUUCAGCUUCUGGUCCUGCAGCUUCUGAUCCUGCAGUUUCUAGUCCUUCAGCUUCUCGCCUGGCAGCUUCUGAUCCUUCAGCUUCUGAUCCUGCAGCUUCUGGUCCUUCAGCUUCUGGUCCUGCGGCUUCUGGUCCUGCAGCCUCAGAGGCUUUGCAUGCAGCCACCAGGGCCCACCUAUUCAUAUUUGACAGUGAAUCUCAGGAAGAAGAGUCCCAGCCUAUCUCUGGUGACAAUUCGACCGCUCUGUCCAGACCACAGCCACUAGUGAGGAAAGAUGCUGCACCAUCGCUGACUCAGAUACAGUUAGAGGAAGACAUGAAGCAACUCAGCGCUCUGAUGAACCAGACAAAUCAGGACAUAGUUAAUGUGACCAAAGCCCUGUUGAGGACCAGCGGAGAUUUCUCUGCUGCGCUGGAUCUGCUUUUGAAUCGCUCCAUCAUUCAUGAACCCGUUUGGAUUCGCUCUGACGACGUUCUUUUGAGCUCCGCUGAUUCUCUUGUGCGCCAGCAGCUGCAGGAGAAGUACGGUGAGAAGGAGUUGGCCAAAAGAAUAGUGUUUCUCGAGCUGGAGGGAUGAAGCAGAAGAUCUAGAAAUGUACAACGAAUAACUAGUAUGACAGUUAUCUUUUAUUUAUUCGGCUUCUUUCAAAAUGAGUGGUAGACUUUCUCUGCAGAAUUUUCAUUAAAUCAUCAUAAAGACAUUCGAGGAUUAAAAAAAUGUUAAGUUUGUAUGUAAAUGACUAAAUCUACCCUAUUAAUUUGUGAACAGGAGCUUUUAAUGCAUUCCAACAUGGUAAUACUUUUAUCCUUCUUAUGUGUGUUUUUAAUAUUUUUGAUUGUUUGUCUCAUUAAAUUGCUGGAAAAUGUU